GGAUGUGGGGCUGGAGGACUGGGAUGUGGGGCUGGAGGACUCACUUGUGGGGCUGGAGGACUGAGAUGUGGGGCUGGAGGACUCACUUGUGGGGCUGGAGGACUGAGAUGUGGGGCUGGAGGACUGGGAUGUGGGGCUGGAGGACUGGGAUGUGGGGCUGGAGGACUGGGAUGUGGGGCUGGAGGACUGAGGUGUGGGGCUGGAGGACUCAAUUGUGGGGCUGGAGGACUCACUUUGGCGCUGGAGGACUCCCGCCGCCUGGCCCUGCUUGCAGCCCCACGCCGGGCUCGGCGCUGCUUGCAAAGCAUGCUGGGAGCCGGCUGGCCGGCCGCUCUUCCCCCGCCGGCCGCGGGGUGGCGCUGUGCAUCGCGGCCUGUUUGGAUGCGCAGGCGCUGGGCUGGGCCCGGUGCAGUGUGUGUGCGUGAGGAUGAGGCCUGCAGGGCCGCCGUGGCGCUCGGGCUGUGUUGCAGAGCGCCUGCUGAGGCCGGAGGGUUGCGGGCGGCGCCCUGCGAGCGGCGGCCUUCACUGCUGGGCCCGGGGCGUCUCUAUGGUGCCCAUGGCUCUCUGGGGGUCUCUGUGGGUCUCAGUGCGUCUCUAUGGGUCCCAAUGGGUGCCAGUGGGUCUCUAUGGGUCUCUAUGGGUCCCAGUGCGUCUCUAUGGGUGCCAGUGCGUCUCUGUGGGUCUCUAUGGGUCUCUAUGGGUCCCAGUGUGUUUCUAUGGCUCCGAAUGGACUAAGCUGUGGGGCUGGAGGACUCACUUGUGGGGCUGGAGGACUGAGGUGUGGGGCUGGAGGACUCACUUGUGGGGCUGGAGGACUCACUUUGGCGCUGGAGGACUCCCGCCGCCUGGCCCUGCUUGCAGCCCCACGCCGGGCUCGGCGCUGCUUGCAAAGCAUGCUGGGAGCCGGCUGGCCGGCCGCUCUUCCCCCGCCGGCCGCGGGGGUGGCGCUGUGCAUCGCGGCCUGUUUGGAUGCGCAGGCGCUGGGCUGGGCCCGGUGCAGUGUGUGUGCGUGAGGAUGAGGCCUGCAGGGCCGCCGUGGCGCUCGGGCUGUGUUGCAGAGCGCCUGCUGAGGCCGGAGGGUUGCGGGCGGCGCCCUGCGAGCGGCGGCCUUCACUGCUGGGCCCGGGGCGUCUCUAUGGUGCCCAUGGCUCUCUGGGGGUCUCUGUGGGUCUCAGUGCGUCUCUAUGGGUCCCAAUGGGUGCCAGUGGGUCUCUAUGGGUCUCUAUGGGUCCCAGUGCGUCUCUAUGGGUGCCAGUGCGUCUCUGUGGGUCUCUAUGGGUCUCUAUGGGUCUCUAUGGGUCCCAGUGUGUUUCUAUGGCUCCGAAUGGACUAAGCUGUGGGGCUGGAGGACUCACUUGUGGGGCUGGAGGACUGAGGUGUGGGGCUGGAGGACUGAGGUGUGGGGCUGGAGGACUGAGAUGUGGGGCUGGAGGACUGAGAUGUGGGGCUGGAGGACUCACUUUGGCGCUGGAGGACUGAGAUGUGGGGCUGGAGGACUGGGAUGUGGGGCUGGAGGACUGAGAUGUGGGGCUGGAGGACUGAGAUGUGGGGCUGGAGGACUGGGAUGUGGGGCUGGAGGACUGAGGUGUGGG